GUGGAGACCCGGGGCAGAGCGGAGCAGGAAAGGGAAGGCGGAAGUGCUGACAGGAGGACACUGCUCUGAGGAGGAGGAAUACGGCGACCUAGGCGGAGAGGAGAAGCCGACAUGGAGAGACACGGAGCCUUCCCUCAGAUGGUGGACGCAACGUUGGCAGAAAUGGGGAAGAAUCUUAAUGAAGCAAUGAAGAUGCUGGAAGAUGGACAAAAGUUAACAGAAGACGAGAGAGAUUCCAAGAAAUACACAAGGAAAGAUAUACCAGGACCACUUCAAGGAAGUGGUCAGAACAUGGUGAGCAUUCUCCAGCUGGUGCAGACCCUUAUGAAUGAAGAUGAAGAAGAGGAGUCGCAAUCAAUUCGUAGGAUUCAGAAUGUUGGGGAACAGGGUCACAUGGCGCUGCUGGGACAUAGUCUGGCAGCCUACAUCUCUGUACUGGACAAAGACAGACUCCGAAAAUUGACCACAAGGAUUCUUUCUGACACUACUGUCUGGCUUUGUAGACUGUUCAGGUUUGAAAAUGGUUCUGCUUAUUAUCAUGAGGAUGAUCGGGAGGGGUUGCUGAAAGUUUGCAGACUCGUCAUCCACUCCCGCUAUGAUGACUACACUACAGAGGGAUUCAAUGUUCUCUAUAACAAGCAGCCUGUUAUCUACACAAGUGGGGCUGCAAGACCUGGGCUCGGCCAGUACCUCUGUAACCAGCUCGGCCUUCCGUUGUCCUGCUUGCGUCGUGUGCCUUGUAAUACAAUGUUUGGGUCCCAGCAUCAAAUGGAUGUGGCCGCACUGGAUCGUCAGUUGAAAGAGGACCAAGAAUCUGGAAAGCUACCUCUCCUAUUGGUGGCUAAUGCCGGAACCCCUGGCGCAGGACACACAGACAAACUGGCAAGACUAAAGGAGCUGUGCCACCAGUAUAAUAUUUGGCUACACGUGGAAGGAGUAAACUUGGCGACCUUGGCAUUGGGCUAUGUCAGUGCGUCUGUGCUGGCUGCAACUAAGUGCGACAGUAUGACAUUGACCCUAGGACCAUGGUUGGGCCUUCCAGCUGUCCCUGCUGUUACCCUGUACCGACAUGAGGAUCCUUCCCUGUCCCUCGCCGCUGGACUCACAACAAGCCAGCCUGUGGAGAAGCUUCGGGCUCUGCCACUUUGGCUGUCUCUGCAGUAUCUCGGCCACAAUGGGAUUGUGGAGCGGAUAAAGCAUGCAUCUCAACUGAGUCAAAGACUGCUGGAAGACCUAAAGGAUGUAACCUCCAUCAAAACUUCGGUUGAACCUGAUGGAAACUCACCAGUAGUUGUAUUCAAAUUCUUUUAUGAUGGCUCUGGAUCAGGUUGCCCCAUAAACUUGAACACCAUCGAAAGGGAGAGCGAUGCAAUGAAUCAAUGGCUCGGUGAACAACUGGCCGCCCUUAUUCCAUCUUGUGCUGUGGACACAGUGGAACUGGAAGAUGAAGGAGUAUGUGUACGCUUCAACCCAAUGAUGACCUCUGCAGUUCUAGGUACAACAGUUGAAGAUGUUGAUCAGCUGGUGGAAUGUGUAAAGGUGAAAAUCCCCAUCAUCCACAACACCCUGCAGCUGAAAGAAGAGUUCAGACUAGAGGUGGAAAGACUAGCUGGACUGACGUACGUGGUUGACUACAGCUGGGCUGGACUUGGUGUGCUAAGGUAUGAUCAUGUAAGUGAGGAACUGGAUGGCAGCAGACGAGAAGCAGAACUUGAAAAGAUUAAUGUGUCCCUGCUGAAGAAGCUCAAUGAAGUGGAGUCCGAUCUCGCCUUCUCUUCCGGUCCAGAGUUUGGAGCUGAGAAAAACUGUGUUUAUAUUGGAAUGGCGACAGAAGAUGUGGAUGUCUCUGAGCUGGUAGAGACCAUUGCAGUCAUGGGCCGAGAGAUUGAAGAAAACUCAAAGCUCCUUGAGAAUAUGACUGAAGUAGUCAGGAAAGGCAUUCUGGAAGCCGAGGUACAGCUGCAGAGGGCCAAUGAGGAACGCCUUUUGGAGGAGGGAGUCUUACGGCAGAUCCCUCUAGUUGGUUCCGUUCUUAACUGGCUUUCUCCUGUUCAAGCAACACCAAAGGGCAGAACAUUCAAUUUAACAGCAGGAUCAUUAGAAUCAACAGAAAUAACGUAUGCGUCCAAGGCACAGGACACUGGACCAAGUCCUCCCCCGACGCCAAGCCUGGGACAUGCAAAGAGACAUCCAGGUCAAAAGUUGUUCAAAAGACUGUCCAGAAACUCUGAUGCGAUGAGUGAGACAAGUUCGAUAAGUCACCUGGAAGAAGUGGAGAACCUUGAGGCCUCCCCGACGCCAGAACCACAGCCCGGCCAACCUACUGAACCCCCUGCCCCAUCUGUGGAGUCUCACAGUGAGGAAUCCCAUGAGGCUGAAGCACUGGACACUAAGACAGUGGAGUCUGAGAGUCUAAGAUAAAGGCGAGUGUUCUAUGAUUAACACUCGACCCGACAUGAACUCUUUGUAGAUGUAAGAGAUUUCAAAUGUGAACAGUGCCACGCAAUCGUACAGUAGCGAUACUGUACUAGAUUAUUAACUUGUCUGCACAAAUAAUCAAAAUGAAAACAAAAGCUUUUUUUUUUCUCAGUAGGGAGAGGUCACAGUCAUAAAACUACUGUUUUUACCAAUGGUAACUUGAGUUUACUGCACUUCUUGUAAUUUCAAGAGUUUGAUUUUCUAAUCCAGCCUUUUAUUUUAUAAUGAUCUUUUUAGUCUUGGCGUUUAUUUUUACUGUUUGUCUUCAAAGGAAGCCCUCUGAAUGUAAAUGUCAGAAAAAGACAUCUCACCCAUAGAUGUGUACAUGACUAAUUACAUCUGAAAUACCAUCGACUUGUAAUGACUCUGGUAGCGGCUCUGCACGUUGCCGUCUGAGGCUUGCUAUUUGCACAGUCAGUGUAUUUUAAUGAAUGAUUCAGCAGUUUGAACUCCUUCCUAUGAGUUUUUCAGGAUAACAGAUGGACCCUUCCUAAAACCUAUAUCCAGUCAACAGCCUGGUUUCACAAAAUGAAAAUUUAAAGGGGAAGUCCACUUUCAAUGCUUAGGGCCCUAACGGUUAGGAUUACACAGUUAGACUUUUUGUAGCAACACUAAAUAUUCUUCCAAGUUAUUUUCAUGUUCUAACAGACGUACGUCCAAUUAAUUAAAUAGGACCGCACUGUUUAGUCGGUUUACAUUGUUAAUGGUUGCAUGGUACUGCGGGUGCUGUGCAGUCCUAAAUAGUUAGUUGGAGCUCCUGUGGCUGAGUCACAACCUAGGCAGGACUACGCCGCGUGGUCGUACCCUUAAAGAGGUUGUCUGGGCUUUUUAAUAUUGAUGACCUAUCCUCAGAUUGGCGGAGGUCCAACACCCAGUACCCCUGUCGAUCAGCUCCGCGCAUUGCACACUUGCCCUCUUCCUGCCUGCUGCUGCUGUCCCAUAGACUAACAGCAGCAGACAGGAAAACAGAAGGGAGACGGCACGUGCGCACUGAGCGCUCGGUCUCACUAUACUGCAGAUCGACAGGGGUCUGGAUCUGAUAUUGAUGACCUAUCCUGAGGAUAAGUCAUCAAUAUUAAAAAGCCUGGACAACCCCUUUAAGGG